ACGCCUGGAUUUCCCUGACCAGAACAGUACUUAUGCCAUUGUUUGACCAAUACUGGGCCAUCGUACUUCGAAAGUCAAUUUCUUUGUGCUGUUGCUCAGGGAAGGUUGCAUGUGCUAUGCCCUGUUGCAUGUUGUUAUACUUCUAGUGACGUGACUAGUUUGUUUUGUCAACAUUGUAUUGGACGGCUUGAGGACGGAUUAACGUGCGUCUCCUCGGGGUGGUGUGCAGCGUCAGAAUGGAGCAAGAUGAUUCCUCUGCGGCAACCCCUAUUGAUGAUAAUGUCCGCCUGCACGAUGAAGAUGAUGAGGUCAGCACGAUUGACGAUGACAGAGCGGAUCUGAAUGAUCUACCAAGGUCUGGUGGCCACAUGGGUACUAGUUAUGAUCACCGCUUGGUGUCCGGUCCUCAGCCUCGGCAAUGUGGGGGCAGCGGCGGUGCUGCUAGUGGUAGUGCACGGCGGCGGCGCCAUCGGCGUGGCAACCGAUCGGGUCAACCGUGGCAACAUGCACGCCGCAGUGAAGAUAAUGAUAGCGGCAGUGGUCGCCAGCGCCACAGUGGCUUGCGUCACCUGCAGCAUGGCGCCGGUAGUGGUGGCGAUGCUGGUGGUUACAAGGCACAAUCCCGAGCCAAUGGCCCAGCCGAACAGCAGUACGACUGGCGCAACAGUCAGCACAGCGACGGUGGCCGUGAACAGGGGCAAGACAGAGCUGCUCCUGCACCAGCCAAGUCCGGGCCGCAGCAGGCAUCUUCUACUGGACAGGCAAGCAGCAUGGGCGGUGAGGAGCGGACGGCGUGCACCUCCGGUACUCCCAGCAAUGCCAACUACUCGUCGGAACCAACAGCAGCUGGUGGACAGCGCGAACAGCCACAUGUUGAUCAGCAGCACCAGCAACAAAAACAUGACCCAAACACCGGGCGCCCUGCUACCAGCAACCAACAACGAGGAACGCAGAGUCGCGGCCGUGGUCGUGGCCGUCCCCCUGCCAACAGUCAGGCUCAAGAUGCAUCGAGCAGACGCCCUGGAAGUGCCCCGAAAGAAGGUGUUCGGCGCUCCACUGUUACUACGGCAACGCAGACCACGGUGCGUACGGUCACGCUGAACAUGACAGGCAGUCUGAGCAUCGACACUGACAAACCAAAAGAUCUGGAGGCUGCCGUAGCCAUCCUUGAUCGUGUUGCCCUUUACCAGACCAAUCGUCCUGGAACAGUGGGCGCUACGGCAGCAGCAACGGCAACAUCAGCUGCGGCACCCUCUAGCGGCGGCGGGGCCAAGCUGAAGCGCUACUCCACGCAGCGUCAGACAGACAAUCAUCCUCAGCAAACGCCUCGGCUACAGCCGCAGGAGGAGCAGCAAGAGCAACAGCAGCAGCGCUCUCUACCUGCUGGUGUCAUGAUUGCUGAGAACCCUCCGGCUGUUCAGGCGGUUGCUACUGCUGCCUCUCUUCAGCCUCACCAGCCUCAGCAGCUUGAGCAGCAAGAACUAGAACAGCCCUCCAGCCAGCAGCUGCAGGAGCUGUACCAGGUGGUGAUGAAGCACGAUCAGAUGAUGCUGAACAUUCAACAUCAACUCGAUGAAGCUCAGCAGUGCUCUAUGCAUCAGGAACAGAUCCUGCUACAGUUUGCGCCCCAGCAGCAGCUGCAACAACAACAGUCGCCUCGGCUACAGCCGCAGGAGGAACAGCAAGAGCAGCAGCAGCAGCAGCGCUCUCUACCGGCUGGUGUCAUGAUUGCUGAGAACCCUCCAGCUGUUCAGGCCACUGCUACUGCUGCCUCUCUUCAGCCUCACCAGCCUCAGCAGCUUGAGCAGCAAGAACUAGAACAGCCCUCCAGCCAGCAGCUGCAGGAGCUGUACCAGGUGGUGAUGAAGCACGAUCAGAUGAUGCUGAACAUUCAACAUCAACUCGAUGAAGCUCAGCAGUGCUCUAUGCAUCAGGAACAGAUCCUGCUACAGUUUGCGCCCCAGCAGCAGCUGCAACAACAACAGUCGCCUCGGCUACAGCCGCAGGAGGAACAGCAAGAGCAGCAGCAGCAGCAGCGCUCUCUACCGGCUGGUGUCAUGAUUGCUGAGAACCCUCCAGCUGUUCAGGCCACUGCUACUGCUGCCUCUCUUCAGCCUCACCAGCCUCAGUCGCCUCGGCUACAGCCGCAGGAGGAACAGCAAGAGCAGCAGCAGCAGCAGCGCUCUCUACCGGCUGGUGUCAUGAUUGCUGAGAACCCUCCAGCUGUUCAGGCCACUGCUACUGCUGCCUCUCUUCAGCCUCACCAGCCUCAGCAGCUUGAGCAGCAAGAACUAGAACAGUCCUCCAGCCAGCAGCUGCAGGAGCUGUACCAGGCGGUGAUGAAGCACGAUUAGACGAUGCUGAACAUUCAACAUCAACUCACUGAAGCUCAGCAGCGCUCUAUGCAUCAGGAACAGAUCCUGCUACAGUUUGCGUCCCAGCAGCAACAACAACAGCAACAACAGCAGAUGCCGCCACCGCAGCAGCAGCAGCCGCAGGCACCGCAAGUCCCACAGGCUGCCGAUCAGCCCGUUGUUGCACGUGUGGUUCAACCAACGGCUUUAGCAACACCGCAGCCCAUGCACAUGCCAGGCCCUGCUGACGUGCAAGGACCACCACCUCAGGCGGCUGCACCGCAGGCUGCGGCCCCUGGCCUGCCACACCCUCCCACCAAGCAACAGUUUGUGUCGCACAUGCCGCCCACGGCCCCGGCUGACGCUAAGUGGUACGCGGCGGGAGGUUUGCCAGCUCCAGAGGCUGUCUUCCCGGCUUCCCCGUGUAUUACGGCAAUGCUGACACCCCACAGCCACCCAUGCUGGGCACAGCAGCCGCACAGCCAGCACCGGCCGGCCUCACUGCCGGAGCAGCCGCAGUGCCACUACCACAGCGCCACCGUGAAUGCUCAUCAGCUGUACCUAUUGUCGAUCCGGCCACUCAGUGACUCCCAUCAACAAUUCGAGCGCCGCGUCGUAAAGUGCUGUGCCCUGCUCCUAUUCUGCUGAUGGAGUAAGUAACUCGCUGUAACAGCUGUAGGUUUCUGCCGCCCGCUCUGCGCCGUAUCCUUGCUGGAUACAGCUGUACUUGGACUUCGCAAUGUCUCGCCAGCUUCUCUACUGUUGGGUGUGUACUCGGCUUUCAUUAUCUUGGUCGCGAGUUCUUUGAGUAGUGCUCGUCGUCCCCUGCUGCUUUCUUUUUUUGUAUAUUUUCACAUGAUGCUCUGGCUUGUUCCGCCUGUGUACAGUUGUAGCGUUCUGUAAUUUUGAUGUCCACCUAGUGUUUCAGUCUAAUGUUUCGUUUGUGGUUUCUGAUCUUCUUUCUUCUAUGUGUGUGUGUGUGUUUUUAAUCCUGUCUUGACUGACUUGUGACUGUGUUAUGUUUAGUGUGGCUAUCCGCGGCAUGUUCCAUGUGCACAUUGUACAGCUGCUGUUCUUGAUAAAACCUCUAGUGUUCUCCCCGAUGGCUGAUUCUUUGCGCCAUAGGAUGAUUUGCCAGGCUUGCUGUACAAAGAUACUAGCCCCUCAGCGCCGCACUGCACGCAGUCUUGCGUUGUUUUGCAACUUCUCUCUCUCUCUCUCUCUCUCUCUCUCUCUCUCUCUCUCUCUCUCUCUCUCUCUCUCCCUCUCCUAUCAAUUUGUUCGUGUGUCCCGUCUCUUUCUUUGGUGUGAGAAGGUCUGGUAGACCCUAUUCAAUUGUGA